AUAGAACUUCCUGGUCUGAUAAACUAGAUAAUGAAUGAAGCCCCCUCCGAUGGGGCUGCUCCCUACUAGAACCAUACAAUGGCCAUGGCAUGGCAUCUACAUCAAUCAGAAACCCGCAUGCAAUGCAAAUCAAUUCUUUGUUCCUUCGGUUUCUCCGUACGGCAAAUAUACAGACAGGUGGCGGGGGAAAGUUGCGAAGCCCACGCAAUGUUUUUGUACUCACAUUCUUGUCAAGUGCAUUUUAACGACCUUAAAUAGUAGAGCCUGUGGCCAAUCCAAACUAAAUAUUGGCAGAAGAAAUCGUUCAAUCACAGGAGCAGGAAGAAUGGGUGAGCAAGAAGUGAAGCAGGCGGGGGUUUUAAUCACAUAUAAUCCUAUUUCAUACUUGAUCGAAUCCCUGGACAGCAAAUUUACGAUAUAUAAGCUGUAUGAAGCUCAUGAUCGAGAAGGGUUUUUGGCGGAGCAUUCUCAAUCUAUCAGAGGUGUGGUAUGUGGUGGACAUGACGGGAUUAAUGCACAGCUGAUGGAUGCCCUUACUUGUUUGGAGAUUGUCGCUGUCAAUGGCGUCGGAUUUGAUAGGGUUGAUUUGGCCAAGUGCAGGCAGCGCAACAUUGCGGUGAGCAAUACUCCCGAUGUGUUGACUGAUGACGUGGCGGAUUUGGCCAUGGCUCUUAUGCUUGAUGCCCUUCGCCAAAUUUCUGCUUCUGAUCGCUAUGUUCGCCAGGGCCUGUGGCAGAGUAAGGGAGACUACAAGUUGACUUGCAAGUUAAGUGGAAAGCGUGUUGGAAUAGUUGGACUUGGACGUAUUGGUUUAGCUAUAGCUAAGAGGGCACAGGCUUUUGGCUGCAGCAUUGCCUACCACUCAAGGUCUAAAAAAUCUGAUGUAUCUUUCAUGUACCAUUCAAAUGUUAUAGACCUUGCAGCUAGCAGUGAUGUUCUUGUUGUGGCAUGUUCUUUAACAAAAGAUACUCGCCACAUCAUCAAUAAAUCUGUUCUUGAUGCACUGGGAGCGAAAGGCACGCUUGUGAAUAUAGGCCGGGGCGCCCUUGUAGAUGAGGAGGAAUUGGUGAAGGCUCUAGUGGAAGGUCGGAUUCAAGGUGCCGGUCUAGAUGUUUUUGAGGAUGAACCUCAUGUUCCACAAGAACUAUAUAGCUUAGAAAAUGUGGUUUUGCUGCCGCAUGUGGGAAGUGGAACCUGGGAAACGAGGAAGGCAAUGGCCGAUCUUGUUGUUGGGAAUCUGGAAGCACACUUCUUGAAAAAACCUUUGCUCACCCCUGUGCCCCUAUGAGAAUUUUCAAAUUUCUUAAUAAUUGAUCUCGUAACAAUCUCUCAUAAGAAUUAUCAAUUUAUGUUAUGCUGAUCCACUGUUCUCGGCAUAUGCUUUGUUGCCUAUUUAUAUAUGUUGACUAAAAUCCUGGGCACAUUGAUGUUUGUGGUAAAUUACUACAUUACUAUUAUAGAGUACAAAAUAAAUUUGCCCCUGCUCUCUCUGCUGAA